UGCACCAACCCAGAAUAGUUGCGUAUCCGCCAACGAGAAGGACUCACAAGGAUGCUGAGGCUGGGUGCACUAGUGUUUUUACUGGCGCUGUGGCAGCUACAGGACUGCGUUGUCGCACAGAAGUAUUACAUGAACUUUGCCUUCAACAACAAUAAUCCGGAUGCGGGCUCCGGGGCCGACAGUACCGGAAUUGGAGCUGCCGACCAUCCUGAGCAUGCGGAAGCUGGCGGCGGUGCUGGCGCCAGUAAUGGAGAAUCAGAUGGUUCCAAGGAAACGCACACAGGUUCCGGUGGGGACACAGGAGGGGAUAAUGACUCCCACGAAGGUGCUGGCGCUGGUAGUGGGGCAGCAAGUGGCAGCAAUGGUGGUGGCAGCGGCGGAGAUGGUGGAAGUGGCGGGGAUGGCGAUGGUGGUAGUGGCGGUAAUGGCGGUAGUGGUGAUGGUGGAAGUGGCGGUAAUGGAGACAGUCACGCCUAUGUGGCGCCCGCAGAGACGGCUGGGCACGAUGAUGACAACGACGACAGCGACAGUCAAGAUGGACCCAAGAGGCGCGCCCUGGCUGAAGAAGAGGCGGACGGUGAAAAGAAUCCGGAAGGGGAGCACAGUCAUCACAGCAGCUACGAAAUUAGUAUCGACGAUAGCUUUGGCGGUCGCUAUGUCCGCUCCAUUUACGAGAGUUCCGAGAGCCACGGACAUUCGGGCAGCAAUGGCGGCUCCGGUAGUCGCGGCAAGGCGGAUCACGAGAGUUCUCAGAGCGGCGGAGGUGGAGGUGGAGGAGGAGGAGAUGAAGAUGAUGCAGCAGAGGCGAACCCCCCAGUCGCAGGUCGCGGACAGAGACUCUACGGAGACAAUGACUACGAGGAGGACAAUAGUUAAUUUCUAUAGUGUAGCCCCACCACAAAGCCGCCGUAACUGAAAUUGCUGUAUUUUCCCAAAUUCAAAUACAAACAAAUAAAUGCUUUAUGAAAAUUGAA